CACAUGUAUAUACAUAUAGCUUCGUACGUGUUUCGUGUGGUAGAGGAUGUUCUCAUUUUAAGACUAAAAUUCUCGUACUGGCCACAUAGUGGUGUUACUGGUUUAACAUCCACCUGUGAGAGUUAAAUCAUAGAACGCUUAUUUUUUUUUUGUGUAACUUUUACAUACAUCUAGUCGGUCUGUCAUUCUCAAAUUUUCUACUUUAGUCACGUGCCUUAUUGCCCCAAUCAUUCUACUUCGAUCCUCGCUCAAUCAGCUGCGAACGCAAUAAAUGCUAGAAGCGCAAAAAAGAACCAAGCGUGCGCAUUCGCAUCACUUAUCAAUAAUCAGAGUCAUGCAAGAAGUAGGGAGAAAAAAGAGAGAUGCCUCUCGUGUGCGCUGUGCCGGAUUGCAAAAGUGGCUCUAACUGUCGCAAAAAGUAUUCGUUAUUUAAAACACCCAAAAAUCUGGAAUUAAGAAAGAAAUGGGAAAAGGCCAUUCCUGGAGUAACAGAACUAAAACAACGGCAAUUGAUAUGUGAAAAACAUUUUAAAGAUAAAUAUAUAAUGAAAAAGUUCGUUCAAAGAGAUUAUUGUGGCAACAUCAUUUCUGAGAUAAUGCGCCGACCUUAUUUACGAAAGGGCGCGGUGCCAACAAUUUUCAGUAAUUUAAAUGCAUCUUCAAUUAUUGAAGAAAAAGAACAUAAAUUACCUUCGAGUUCAAGUAUAAACGCUCUUGAGGAAGAACUAUAUCCCAGAGUUAGUAAUGAAAUUGUAGUAAGUAUUAGCGAUACUGAUUUAAUGAAAAUCAGUAGCAAGGAUGAUUCAGAAAUGUUAGUUGAUGAAAAAUAUGUGAAUGAUGAAUUCACACAUGAUAAGGACAGCUUAAUUCUAAUUAUAAAUUCUAAUGAUGGACAUUUCAUAGAACAUAAUUAUGCAUUAAAUAAUUUUUCAAAAACAGUUGAUAAUGCUUGCACAGAUUCUAUUGCAAACACAAAUGCCUUAACUGAUCCUUCGAAUGUUUCUAUAGAAUAUGCUAGUGAAGUUGCUAUCGAUAAUACUAAAAUGGAAGUUCCAAAAGGUUGGGGUGUUUCUGAGAAAGUUAAAAGAUUUACAAGAUAUUUAUUAUUUACACAUACAGUUACACAAAUAAAAAAUAACGUUGACGUUCAAAUGCUAGAGAAAUACAUAAUUCUGAAUUGCUCUGAUGGCACCGCGCGUUACUUCGUACGCGAAAAAGAAAUUAAUAAUAAAAAUAUACCGCAAUUUAAUUUAAAAAUUAUUAAUACAAGAAUGUUAGUAGAUGCAAUGACAAAGUUUGAGAAAAUGCAUAUUUGUGAAGGACUGGGUUCGAUAGAUUCAAACUUACUUCGACAAAAUGAUUUGUGUGAGAACAUAUCGAACUGCUGGCGUCAUAGUAAAUGUGUUUUAUUAACAAAAUACAAAAACUGUGAUUAUUGCAAGAAAUUAAAAAGAAUAAUUAUGCAAAGACGUAUAGAUCAUUGAAAAUAGGUAUUACGUAAUCAUCAUUGAAAUGGUUAAAUAAUUGGAAGUAAGGCGAAAUAGAUAACAAAAUAAAAGAUGAUGAAUUUUUAACUUGGACAUUUUUGACUUGCUCACAAUUUAUGACUUUCUCUUAAGUUUACAAUAAAUCUGUGCAUCUAAUUUAGAGUGGAAUGUAGGUAAAAGCCUACUGAAGAAGAAAUAUAAGUUUUUAUUAGAAAGUUAUAGUUCACUCAUAUCAGUAAAAAAUAAUAUUGAACCUUGUAAUGUACAGAAAUUUGUCGGUAUUAUACGCCAAGCUGCCGGUUACAAUGAUCACCAUUGUUGCUCAGCUUUUCUUUCCUUUUAUGAAACAUUGUCAGUUUAUCAUAUUUUGCAAUUAUAUGAAGCAACAAUUAUAUGAAGAAUGAAGAAGAAACAUAAAAAAUCCUGACAACUACUAAAGUCUUGAGAAGUUUACAUGACUUCUUACUCAGCAAAAUUAUUAUUAAAAAAGAAAAACUCGAUAUACACAGUUAUCAGUUAUACUAUAUAGAUAAUGCAAUUCUAGCGACUGAUCAUGCCUAUUUUAAAAUAGAGAUUGUUGAUUGUAUAAUUUAUUCUACAAUAGGUUUUUUGUCCUACAUAUCUUUUCUCACAAUUGCAUAGAUAAUAUUUUAUUAAAGGUAAGAAAGAUUUAUUUUUAUAACAGAAAUUUUUCUUAUAUCUUUAAACAGCCAUUGUAAUGCGAUAUUUAAUAAAAUAUAUGAUAAAUAA